AAUUUACUACAGAAAUAUAUUUGGACAGCUUUGUCCAAAAUUUUAUAUCAAGUAAAAGUUUUUUAAUAAUACCAUAUAUAACAUCUUUUUGUUGUGUAAUUUAAGUUUCAUAUGGUAAAUUGAUACAGUUAUGGCAACUGAGUUGAAGGAUAAUUUAAUAGAUACAUACGAAAAAGAAAAUAGUAAUCCACGUGCUGUAUUUUAUAAAAAACCAAUUAAAAAAGAUAAUUACAACUUGGAUGUAGAUAACAUUGACACUUUUCAAGAAAUCAGACGUCUGAGAUUGCUGCAAUUUCAAAAAAAAUGUCGAGAUAUUGCAUUUAAUGUUGGAAGAGGUAUAUUAGAGAAAGCAUUUAAUUCUGAAGAUGAAUGCGAGGAAGAGAUGGAAACUCAAGAAACUGAUAAGAAGAAAUAUCAUUCCUUUAAACGUAAUAAGAAUUAUGCAAAUCAAUUAAUGAUGUCUGAAUGGAUGUUGGAAGUACCUCAAGAUCUUUUAGAAAAAUGGAUUAUAGUUCCAUGUCCACAAGGAAAAAGAACUUUAUUAGUAGCAUGUAAAGGCAUAACGAAAGCAUAUAACAAACGAGGUAAUAAUUUGAGUAAAUUCUGUUCAGCACUUCCUGGUGGUAAUUCAUUUGAACAUAGAAGUAAUUGUACUAUUCUUGAUUGUUUAUGGAUAAAACAACAAAAGAUAUAUUAUAUAUUAGAUGUACUUGCGUGGUGCAAUCAGUCUUUAAUAAACUGUGAUACUGAAUUUAGGUUCUUUUGGUUAAGAACAAAAUUACAAGAAAUUGAAGAAUUGCACACAAGAGAUACAUAUAGAAAUAAUUAUCCUAUGUUAUCUUUACCAAAUAUCAGUUGUAAUACUGAUAUAAGUUUAGCAUUAGCAAAUCUUUCCAAUUUAUAUCCUUUAGAUGGUUUAUUAUUUUAUCAUAAAGAUGGACAAUAUACUAAAGGUCGUACACCACUUGUAACGUGGUUAAAACCUUUUAUGUUACCUGAAGUACUUGGUGUUUCCAUGCCAUCACCACUUGAUGAACAACCUGAUGGUUACAUAGAUUUUGUACAUUAUAUCUUUAACAGUCGAACUAAGAAAAGAAAGGAAGAAUCAAAAAAUCAAAUGGAUAUUGCAGAUGAAAAUUCCUAAAAUUUUUCUUUUUAUUUAUAUAAACGAGCUUCUUAAAAAAAGAAGUGAAUUACAAUUAAUAAAAUAUAAAAGAUAUUAAUAGUACUAUAUUUUACGAAUAUAAUUUGCAUUAUGUUAUACAAAUUGAUUGGCAAUAGUAUUUGAAAUUUAACAAUAAUGUUUUACACAAUCUGUGAUGUUUUAAAACUUAGAAAACUACAUUAAAAACAAAAUAAAUACACAUAUUGCAGAAAGACUGUUAUAAACAUUACCAAUAUGUUACAAAAUUUAAAUUUCAAGAUUUAAUGUGUGAAACGUAUCAAGGGCUUUUUCGUUUAAAUAUAACAGAAUACGAUUCAUA